AUGACUGAAGACGAUCCACGCUCUGGACGGCCUUUACCAUCAAAAACAGAAGACAACAUCGAGAAAAUUGGUAAAUUGAUCCGUGAAAAUCGUCGUCUGAGUAUCCGUGUUCUUGCUGAAGUCUCAGGAAUUAAUAGAGAAAGUAUCCGUCAGAUUUUGCAUGAAUCAUUGAACAUGAGAAAAGUUUGCGCAAAAAUGGUGCCAAGACUUCUCACUGCAGAACAAAAGGAAUUGAGAAUGAACAUUUGUGUUGACCUUUUGAACAACAUUAGCGCUGAUCCAGAUUUGUUAGACAGAGUGAUUACUUGCGACGAGUCGUGGCUUUUUACCUAUGACCCAGAAACAAAGCGUCAGUCGAUGCAUUGGAAGAGUCCGAGUUCACCGCGUCAAAAAAAAGCCAAAAUGUUAAAAUCAAAAUUUAAGACCAUGAUGGUUGUUUUUUUUUGA